CUUCCUGGAAGGUGGUGGUGGAUGUUAAUUCUGAUGGUGAGGCUGUGGCUAAGCACUAGAUGUUGCAUAUUGCGCCGACUAACCAUCUUUAUACUAAUCAGGCUUGGCAUGGUUCGGCAAUUGAACCGGUAUCAAAUGUGUUAAUUUGCUGCUUUCUCACAGACGAAGUUGUGGUUAUGAUAGCGAUUGGUGCAGAAUCUGGUAGUGACAUAUGCAGUUAUUCAACGGACGAGAUUCAACUCCUACAAUGUUAAUGGUGACAUGGUGUUGGGUGUAUGGAUGCUGCCUCAGGCAGCUCCUCAAAGGAUUCCUUGGAUUCCAGGCCCACAGAAGCGUGACUGGCUGGUUCAUUGUGGUGGCGCUGUCAGAUGUCGAUCACUUCCUUGUUGUUUCUUCUUCAUUCUUUAUCGUUGUCUUUCUCCGUGUUUUUUCUUGCCUUGUUCGUGACAAAUCAGAUAGACAUAGCAGGGAGUUCCUUUUAGAGUUCUCAUGGACCAUGUGGAGACCGUCAACCGAAGGGACUGGAAUGCGGCGCCAGGACCCACACGGCAAAGCCCCCGUUUCCCUGCGAGGCUGGAGCCCCUAAUAUCGUGUCAGAAGAUCAUCUCUAUUGUCCAGCUUCCAGCAGAGACAUCUCCACGAGGACAACUGAAUGCGCUGGAUAUAUCGGCUGGGAUGACGUUAUAAACUCGCCAGUUGCUCCACCGUCGGUACUGGCCCCGUG